UUUAAAAAGUUAAAAAAUUUUAACAUUAUGUGUUUGGCUAUACUUUAAUAUAUUUUUUUGUAAUAAUUACUAAUAGACUGAUGCAAUACUUAAUUCAGUAAUUAAAUGCGAAAUCUUUGCAAAGAAUAUUGAUACUCUGAUACACAUGAGAGUUAUUUUUGCAACUAUUUUUUCACUUUUAAUCGUUAUUAAAACUUGAUUGUACAAAUCAGCUUAUUGUCUCAGUGAAAGAUGCAAUCGUUACCUUAACGAGCGUUGCGUAUUUCACUAAAAAAACCGAUAACAAACGAAGCACAAAUUCGUUACAUUUUGUCCAGCUUAACCUUUUAUGUAUGCACAUCAAAUACAAUUUAAUUUAAAAAUUUGCAAAAGUUGCAGCAACAUUUACCGUCGUGAUACAUGAUUAUGAUCUUUAUAACAACAAUAGGAUAUAUUUAAUUGCCAAUAAUUGAAUAACAACGAAUAUGUACAUACAUACAUACUUUCUUUCCACGUUCUUCCAGAUUAUCACUUAUUUUAAAAGAUUUCUUUUCAAUACGAGAUCAACUUAUUAACGAACACUUAAUUAAAUAUCUAUUCUGUAUGUUCGUUGAAAUGUUUAAUAAAAAUUUUUAAGAAAAGAAUUACACAAUUAAACAAAUUGUUCAAACUAAGAUAAUUUUAACUAAUGAUGUAACUUGUUUUUUUUAAUUCUUUAAUUAUUUACCUAUUAAAUAAUUAUUAGACAUUACGUUAGUAAUAAUUCCAUGCAUAAAUCUUUCCACUAUUUAAGAUUUUUUUACGGAUGUUUUAAAAAAAGACUAAAAGUUAUAUCCGCCAUAUUGAUAACUCAAGUACACGAAAAAUAAAAAAAUCUUCCGCAGAAAAUGGCUUUGCAAAAUUAUGUGUCGUGUAAUUCGAGCGAACAAAUAGAAUUUUAUCUGCAUGAAGAUGUGCAAUUGUCUAUAUAAUAAUGGCAGUGUUGCGUACACAAACGGAGAAAUUCCGCAAACGAUGUGAACUUUGAAUCUCUUUAAAUCAAAAUUAUUUUCACCUGAUGUACCAAGAAUUAUAGACCGGUUAUUAACUUUAGUAAACUCAAUUCAAACGGGGCCUUUGUUUCUCCCGGCAACCAAGAGCACAGGUGAACAAAAGACAAGGUAAAACUACAGGUAUAUAAAUUAGUCAGGCUAACUGUAUAUUCUUGUAAGUGUUAGUUAAAAUAACGGAUUAAACCGCAAUAUUUUACUAUUGAUAAACUUUGCUUCUCUAAUGACAGUUGAAAUUAAGUAAAAUUAGGUGAAUUAAAAAUAUCAAGGUUGAUUAAAUUGAUAUCAAGGAUUGCGAAUAUCGAAAAAAGACAUAUAAUAUAUCUUAUAAAUGCCCCUUUUUUAAGAAAAAAAAAGCUUAUCGGAAUACAGCACUAAUGAGCCACUUGAUGAAUCUUUUGUGCGCAUGUGAACUUUGAAUCUCUUUAAAUCAAAAUUAUUUUCACCUGAUGUACCAAGAAUUAUAGACCGGUUAUUAAUUUUAGUAAACUCAAUUCAAACGGGGCCUUUGUUUUUCCCGGCAACCAAGAGCACAGGUGAACAAAAGACAAGGUAAAACUACAGGUAUAUAAAUUAGUCAGGCUAACUGUAUAUUCUUGUAAGUGUUAGUUAAAAUAACGGAUUAAACCGCAAUAUUUUACUAUUGAUAAACUUUGCUUCUCUAAUGACAGUUGAAAUUAAGUAAAAUUAGGUGAAUUAAAAAUAUCAAGGUUGAUUAAAUUGAUAUCAAGGAUUGCGAAUAUCGAAAAAAAACAUAUAAUAUAUCUUAUAAAUGCCCCUUUUUUUAAGAAAAAAAAAGCUUAUCGGAAUACAGCACUAAUGAGCCACUUGAUGAAUCUUUUGUGCGCAUGACUUUUUCUAUACUGUUGGGGGUUGGUUUCCGCCGGAUGACGACUGGAAGGGUGUGCGGCGGGAGCAGUUUAAGCCGAGCUUUAUAUAAGGGUAGUCUGACUUUGAAAUUCAGCCACUAGUUUUGAUUGAUGCAACCGGGACGGAUCCAUUGCAUUCUUCGUUGCUCGUCUCCCUCGAGUUCUUUCAACGGACCACAUCGAGAGCACAUCCGUCAUCGAUCCUACCGUUCUUUCUCAUUAAUCAGAAUUCCCUCCCUACUGUGGAAUAAGGUUUCCGUUUGACGGAAAUUGACACCGGAAGUUCCAUUUGACAAGAAGUAUGCCGCUGAAUUUAAGCAUCGAUCUGUCAGACGACGUUUUCAUCCUUGAGAAACGGAUAUCAACCGGUAUCUACACUUUCGCAGCGAUCAUGCUGGGCUUUAUCGGAUUUUUCGGCUUCGUCUUCAACCUGCUAGUUAUAGUAACCAUUGUCAAGAACGUCAAUGUACUAUGGACGCCCAACAAUGUGAUACUUGUUAAUUUGGUUGUUGGAGAUUUCUUAGUUGCUGUACUGGGCAGUCCUUUCGCAAUGAUAUCAGCGAUCGCAGGUCAAUGGUACUGGGGUCACGGAGCAUGUCUAUGGUACGCAUGGUUUAUGACUACCAUGGGAUUUGCUAGUAUCGGUAAUCUGACAGUGAUGGCAAUGGAAAGAUUCCUGCUAGUCACAUGUCCAAUGAAGACAUUAUCAUUAAGACAUGCUUACCUACUGGCGUUUUUGGUUUGGAUAUACUCUCUUUCUUUGUCGUUACCACCGUUCUUCAACUGGGGAUCUUACGGUCCGGAGGCAGAUAACAUGUCCUGCAGUGUAUCCUGGGAAAAACACAAUCUUGAGACGCGAAACGAUACUUACAUCGGAUUUAUAUUUAUCUUUGGAUUCUUCCUUCCUGUUAUAAUAAUCAUCAGUAGUUACUACGGCAUAAUAAGGAGUUUAAAGAAAAUUGGAAAAAGAAUUGGUGCAAAUAAUAGAAGAGAGAAGAAAGUCACUAAAAUGGUAUACUUGAUGGUUUUUGCUUUUCUAAUUGCCUGGUCGCCAUACGCCAUCCUUGCACUCGCAACUCAAUAUUUCUACGUACAAACCUCUCAUAUAGUAGCGGUGCUGCCAACGCUCCUUGCGAAAUCCUCCAUCUGUUACAAUCCCAUAAUAUACGCAAGUAUGACUGUCCAAUUUCCUAACAUUUGGAAGAAGAUGUUUUUCAUCAAUGGGAAUAAUACAACAGCACGGAAUGAGCAACAACGUGGAAGCGAACUACAAACGAGAAGAUCUGUCAUUCAAUUGAGUUAAACGGAAAGACAUAGAUAAUAAUAAUCAUAUAUAACUACAUGACCUGGCAAUUCUCAAAGAUAAAGAGAGAAAGAAAGAUAAUAUGUGAGGAGGAUGUCGUAAGGGACCAAUAAUACUUUAUAGUUUACACUCAACUACUAUAAGAUCAGUGACUCGACUCUUCUGUACAAAUCGAUUUUAUUGAUAUAAAUAUACUUUCAUUUCUUCGCUCUUUUCUGAUUUUAAUUUAAUAUAGGAAUGCUACUGCAGUUGAAUUUUUAUCCAAGCGCUAAUUUAAGUUUAAUAUAGCGUUCCUGUUAUUAAAAUUUUGACAGCUUAAAAUAGUUUAGACUUUUACAUUAAAAUAAUUCAAUUAUUCUAGCAUCUUACAAUAGUAGACAUAAAAUAGACAUUAAAAAAUUCUUAAUUAUGUGAAUGAUCUUUUAGGGUGAAGGUAAUGUAAAAAAAGUAUGAAUAGCAUUCCAGAGUUAAUACUGUGACGCAGGAGUUUCUCCGGGUAUACACAUCUCGAGAAGUUUGAAAUUAAUUUCGACGACGGGUCUGGUUGCAGACCAGACAAAUUAUUGUUCAACGUGCUACAAAUCACGGUUUUUUUUACAGUUAUGUUUGGAAAUAUAUAUUAUAUGUUCUUCACUAAAUAAUUAAAUAAACAAUGACAUAUGCUAUAGAUAAGACUCAUUGUCAAAGAAAUUUUAGUGUAAUGUAAAUGUAAAGAAUAGAAAAAAAAUUGUAUUUCGUGCUAUUAUCUCGCUUACAUGUCUACCGAUCCGUCAACAAAAGGAUCCGUUGUAAAAUGCAUGUUUCAAUGUGCGAAACGUGAAUGUGCUUCAAAAAUUUUAAAGUUUAGGUAUCUUUAAAUCUAGAAACACACGUAGACAGCACAAAAAUUGAGUCAUAGAGAUUUAUUUUCGAUAAACUAUGUGUAAAAUCCUGUGUGAAAUAAGAUCACGAAAGAACAAAAAUAAACUACUAUCAAAUAACUAAAAUAAACGUUUAACACAUUGACUGUGCACUACAAAAAUGAAAAACCUCGAGAUUUAUACGCGAUCUAAACUUUGAUAUUAGCCAGUUUGGCGUCAUCCAAACUUCGGUACUAUCCGGCGCAUUAAAACACCUGUUCUCUGAUGAAGAAGAACACUCUCCGAAAACAAAUUUGUCUGCAGAACGAGUUUACCUACUCACGCAAAAGAAACUUCCAACUUUCCGUGAACGAGAAAGUUUCAACUCGUUACUUUGCAUCGUCUCACCAAAUACACAAUCUGUGCGCAAUCUGCGCCCGAUAAGAUCAGAUAUCAUAGUGAGGUUUCGGUUUAACCAAUAAGGUGGUAUCGCAAAACGGCCCAUGAGAAAAGCCCAAAUAUCCAUUACGACAGCUUCGGUUUUCGACUGUGAAACACGAUGCGUAUCGAUUCUCUCGGCAAGAUGAGUAGAGAGACAUUAUCUGGGUAGUGUCUGUAUCGUUACACGAUUUAUUGAAAUGCCGAUGGAGCGUGUUACACGUGCCGCGUGCGUGCGAAUGUGUAUGCGUAAGAGGCAGAGUUGACAGGUUCGCAGGUCCUACAUUGUUGAAACACGAUCGUGCGAUUGCGUUAUAUGAGCGACUGGCGCGCGGAAUCGAGUAUUACGAUUCGUAACACGCGCAAUUAUGCCACAUCGGAGAAAGUGAAAUCGCGAGGAAAAUGUAUGGCUGCCGCGAGGCAGCCGCGACGCGUUCGCACCCCCCCCUGCUCCCCGCGAAUUCUUAUUAACAUUUUCUGGCCGGGCCGCCUUUUAGCGGAGAUUUUAGCGUCCCUCGAUUAGCACGAAAAAUCAAGGAACUCUAUCGCACGCCGACGUCUCUAUUAUUUAACUAAGAAAGGCCGGUCCGCUCAGUAAAUCAAUGUCAGAGUUGCGUCUAAAAAAAAAGUCUCAUCCUACGAAGAUUCACAAAAUUUCGUUUGUCACUAAGCUGUUUCCUCACUUGUUUUAAUUAGCGUUCCUUAAUAAUGGGUUUUUCUUUUUUUUUUUUUUUAAUAUUGUAGUUUCUAUUGUCCAACCAUAUAAUCAGGAAAGUGAAAAUAAGUAUGAAGCCGGUACGGAUCAAUGUUCGCGUAGUCAUAUAAAAAUGGUAAAACACUUUUCAGUGUGUGAAAUUGCGAUUUCAAUUAACACAGCCUCCUUUGCCGCGAGCUACAAGUGUUAGAAUAUUAGAGGUCUUUUAGUGACGACUUCAGUUAUUGAGAUAAAAUCUCUCGAUUGUCAUCAAAUAAUAAUUACAGCGUAAUGAAAUUAUACUUGUUUAUAUUUGUAAAAUGCUUCUUAGCCUUACUAUUUCUGUCAAUUUAUUCCUCCUUGUGCGAUUUAAUCUUAAACUAAAUUAGUCCCGUGAUUUUGUACGUUUUAUGCUUUUUAGAAAUUUAUGUUUAACAUAGAAAUAUUUAACAUAAUCUAAUUUAUGGCCAAAAUUUAGUUGUUACAUCAGAACAUUACAUUAGUACAAAUUAAUUAAACAUUUUUUUCUUCGGCGGAUCUCUUAGCAUUUUUGUCACUUUCACUUGUCAUCAUUUAUUAAUCAAAUCUCAUAAUUAUGUAAUCAAAUUAUAAGUUGGAUUUACGUUUUCUCUUCGUCACGCCUUCAAUUAGAGUCACCGCUUAUCGCGAGAAAAUACACUGCGGGUGUACUCGACUUAGAUGAUAUAAUUACAUCACAACUUUCCUUUAUUAAAAAUAAUUUGAUCAUGCUCUCGUGCUUCCUAAGAGCUUAGGAUUAAAAAUAAAAGAUGUUGGCGGUCUUUUCGCGGAGCAAUAACCGGAAAAAUUAACUCAGCGGUCUACCAUGACCAAUGUUAUUCUAGACGAUGAGGAAUCCACGCUGCAUACGCGCUGAAAGUUAACGCGAGAUGUUGCAUGAGCAAGAAAAAGCGCGACUGACAAUGAGAAAGCAUCGGCGCGACUCAGGCUACACUUAAAAUACUAAUUAUAAGAUACAAUAAUCGAGGUCAGUCACCUCAAGACCAUCUAUUUCAUAGCUAUCUUGGCACGGUUGCGUUUACAUCAUGGUCAUGUUUUUAUUACAUUCCUGCUUGACAUGCGUGAUACGCGACUGUCAAAUGAAAGAGACUCAUACAAAACAUGUUCAAGGCGCUCGUCAAUUUUUAAUUUUAAUUUAGCUUAAUUUGUAUACAAAGCCUGAAUGUUGUCUGUAAAUAUUGCUUAAAAAAUAAUUUGUUAAUAAAGAAGCAAGAAGCUUUUUUUGUCUUAAUCUCUUACUUACUACCUUGAUUCCUUUUUAAUUAAUAAAAUCUUCGUUCCUUCUUUUUUUAUUGAUUGAAUUCAAACAACAUUUUGGAACUUUUUUAUUAGUGCAGGGUUUACUAAUCGAAGAUAUAAAUAAUGCGAUGCAAAAGAAAUCUUUUUAAUGGUGUUUACGGUUACGUCUCGCCUGAAAUGAAAACAUCAAAGUGCUCUUUGUUCUGUCAGUAUAACUGAGAGAAAGAUUAUUAAAAAGACAAGAGUAAUAGAAUGACGAUAUUUAAAAAAAGAUGCACAUUUCUUGCAGAUAUAAACUGCAAUAAGUUAUUAAUUUUAAGAAUUGAAUUUGAUCAAAGAAGUAUUUUGGCACACAAUUUGAAACAAUUAGAAACCGAUUACGACAAUCCGUUUUUAAUAUAAUUUUGAGAGAAACAUGUUGGUUUUAUUAACAAUUUUCAAUGUUUUAACAAGCUCUCUUACGUACUUAAUCAAAAUUUUCAGCCUACAGAUAGUCUUCUCCGGAAAAACUUUUUUCUAAUUUUCUUUUUAUUUUUACUUUUCCGGAUUCUGUAGUUUCAACCAUAUAAUUAGAGUCAAAUUUUUAGUAAUAUGUUUUUAAAAUUUCACAAAAUAUUAGAAAUAAAUUUUUUUAAGUCCCGUGAGAAAAUUUCCUUAAAAGUGCGAAACGCAAUGUUUACUGUGCCAAUUGACACAUAGUACAGGAACAAUUUACACAAGUUAUAAAACGACACAACUUCAAGUUCGAUGUCACUGUUCGCAAUGAUAUCCCUCGGUAAUAAUUGUAUGGAUAAGGAUCUUAUGUAAUUCGUUUUUGUCGGUAUUUGCGUGCGACUAGCGUCGACGGAAUUGCAGAAUUAAGUAUGUGCACACAAACUCGACAUUACAGAAUCACGGUCUCGCCAAACAGAAUACAGAUAAUUUACAAAGCUGUAUCGUAUCCGCAGUGGCUCUAGGAAAGUAACCAAAGUUACAUAAUCUCGUUAAUUAAAGGCGUCUCGUUAAAUUAUGCAGCAGCCGCAUGUACCAAAAACACUUUGAAGGGGGUAGUUUCGUUUAGAUGUUACCCGUGUCUCGUCGUAAAUUCAAAAUUAAACACACUCUGUAAUGAAACGGAUGGCAGCCCGAUCUAUUCUGUUUACUAGAUACUCAGGUAACUCAUUAUAAUACCAACGAAUUUCUAGCUACACUUUUCAAUACGAUAAAUUUAACGAACCUCUCGCUGGAAAAAUAAUUAAUCUUUUUUUAACAAAAUUCAUUAAACCUAAUUGCAAUUCGAUAUGAAUGAUUAAAAAUUCUGUUUAUCGGAGCUGCUCGAAAAUUUACGAGUGAACGUCGAAGGUCGUCGCUGCACGCGGCACACUUUUGCAGGGUGCGGCAAGAAUUGAUAAUCCAAGACAAGCAAAUAAGUUAGACGAAAGCUUCCAAAUAACUAUUUUCUGAAACUAAUAGUCCAGUUCCGCGAAUACUGCGCUACGUUAAGGUUUCGCUUCAUUAACCUGAAAGUAUCGAUUUAUCCCGUUCGUUAUUACUCAGAAAUUUAUGAAUCACCGAUUGCCGUAUCGAGUAAUAACAUGCCCUAGUCAAUUUCCUUUUGUCGCUGGCGCCGGCGUGAAAGGUUUCCGCAAUGAUUUACCUCGUCGAUAUUUAUAUACAAUAAAAAAUAUAACAAAUUACUAAUUCAUACUUCUUGCGCGCUUGUGCGCGUUAUGCUAGAAUCGAAUAUGCCCGUCAAUAGAUUAUUGCACGUACAAAUCGUAGAAACGGUUUCCCGUUUCCAUUAACUGUUUUACUUUUAGCAAAAAGAGCGACGAUUUAACGAGCUCCACUUUGAAUUUGUUGAUUUAUUGUUAGAGAUUUAUCUUUCUUUCGCAAAGAGGUCUACUAUUCGUUACUUCCUUAAUUGAGAUAUCUCUUGGAAAACUAAACGUGACAUUAUCGAAAUUAUUAAUAUAAUACGAUUUAUUCCAUUUCAUUAUAUUUCCACAUUUUGAAUUAAGAUCACGGAGGAUAUUAAAAGAAAAUAUUGAACGUUGUACUGUAUUAAUACUGAUAAAAACAUGAUUUGCUUAGAUAAAUAGAGAAAUUAAAAUCCAUAGUUCAUACACAAUUUAUGGCUUCUUUGUAUAUAAAAUCUACUAAAAAAAAAUCUGACUUAACCUGUAUAAUAUAAUUGCGCUACAUGUUGCGUCUUGCGGAACAAUCCAAGGUAUUUGUAUAAUCGACAAAAAAUUAUUUUUCACCGAAGUGAAAGGCUUCCAGGAAUCCUCAUAUAUUAUACAUUGUAAACAUUUUGUUACAAAUGACUCACAAUGACAAUUAAAGGAAAGGAAAAGGAAAAAUGUGGUCUACUAUACCAAUUUUAGGGUUUAAUUUCUCGGGUCUUCAUUGCUUAUGAUACGAAAAUAUUAAUUGUUACAAAGUAUGACACAGUAUUAUAAGAAGUAUCGUCUGGCAGAAGACACUUUCUAGUUUACAUAUGUUCUCCAAGUUUCAUUUUCAGCUAUUAUUUACUAUUCAAGAAUAAGUAAGAUACGUCAGUACUGGUGACCUUUCUCCAUUUUCUAUUACCUUGAUCAUCGGUUGAUCACCGUACAACCUGUAUCUAGCGUUCGUGAGAGCACAGCAAGUGAUGGACGGACACGUGGAAGAAUUCACGACACGAGUCGCCCGCGGCAUGGCGCGUCGCUUUCUACGUCGAGCGCCGAAAACUCGAGACGGCCCCGAGAAAACGAUACCCGAAACCGGAUAUCACCCAAAUACGAGCGGCCGUGGACGCAAAGUGAGGAAAGAAGAACUUGUUUUCGGAGGCGGUUAACGAAGACGCCGUAAUGAAAUAUAGGAUGCCGUCGCGCCCAAUUCUCCCAAGAUACGAUUAAUCCCGGCUGAUAGAUUGCAUGAAUAAUCGAUAACGAUAUAAAUAUACGUGGUAUGUAGUGUUUUAUAAUCUCGUGUAAAAUUGUGUUUAUAAACUAGAAAGUGUUGUGCAGAGAAAUCAGAGAUGAUGUAAGGGUAUCGAUAAAAUUUCCACCUUAUUUAUAUAUAAACAAUAUUCGCGCCGUAAGUUUUACGUUAGAUGGAAGAGAUAAAGGAAUGUUUCUCCCUCGUUUCUCUCGUGUGUCUUUUUUUUUUUAGCCCGUGCUAUAGCUUCAUUUUAUCUCUUUUAUCGUGGUAACGUAAAUCCGGGAUUUGGAAAGCCCAUUUUUAACGGUCCCGAACAUUCAAUUCUUUCGCGUCAGUUUACACUGGCAUCGUUUCGCAUCGUAUCAUUAAUAUGAAUGUCAGAAAAUAAUUGCCUGCAGAACUAUUAUAUUAGAAAUAUGGCACAGAGUAAUGCGAAGUGUUUUAUGUCGGGCAACGUUAUCAACGUUAAAAUAUUACGGCAACCGCUAGAUUCAUGAUAUAACAGCACGUUGCGGGCAAUCUCGUGAAUGUACCAGAAUAUGGGCUAUCUUUAGCCGCGGUAUAUCGAAUUAUUUCCGCGGCAUCCCGCUGGUAUAUCAGGCACGCAAUUGCCGAUAAUAAUCAAUAUGCAAACGGAAGCUGCGUACCGCGGCGUGUCGGUCAAAUGCGAACUGUCUAGUCGGAAAUUUUCGAUUAGUACUGGAGGGAAAGUCCGGUUCGUUGCGCAAUGCGCGCGUCAACGGCUUUUCCGCGACGAGGCGAGGGACAAAAAUCGCGGCACACGCCAAUAAACACGGUUCGACAAUAAACGCACGAGCGCGCGAGCCCGGAAGGAGUUUCUUCUCCCGCCGUUUCAAUCCGAUCCGUUGCGCGAUGCGAUUUCGUACGAAAAAUCGAGAAUAACGAAAACCAAUGGCGGAAACGAGACAGAGUAGCGCGCGAAUGGAGCUGGUAAAUAUUUUUUCUUCGUCACGGGGAACACGGAUAUUCCGGCGCUCUUCCCGAUAUUUUAGAAAGUUACCUCGAUCAGAGGCGUUUCCCAUCUGUUACGGCGGAACCGCCGAUUCGACGGAAUGUUGAUUAAAUUUCGGAUGAUCGACCGUGUCAAGCUUCUGCCGUCAUAGAGUUAAAAUUUAAUGUUCCCCAUCAUACUUUUCUAAAAAAAAAAAAAAAAAAAAGAAUGGACGAACACAAUGGAGAAAGAUCGACAUAGGUCUUCUAAAAUGGCACCCCCUUAUUUUCUUAGAAACCAAACAUUGCACUAUAUUAAUCACUGAUAUAAACAUGAUCUGUUUAAAUAAUUAAAAAAAAAUAAAAACCUAUAGUUUAUACAUAUACGUGGCUUUUUUCUGUAUAAAAUCUAAAAUCAAAUUUGAACUAGUUUAAUACUUAUACAUAUAGUUGCGUUACGUGUCUCACUCAAAAAAAAAUUAUGCAACAAAAAUUGUGUGUAAAAAUUAAUCAUAUAACAGAUAAAUAAUUAACAAAUACUGUUAAUAACAAAUAUGCAUAUUACACUUAAUCAAUUUACUGAAAGAAGCAGAAAUUCUACAUGUGACAGUUAAAAAUUUUGGAAGACACUAAAAUUAGCGAUACAUUUUGGUUGUGACAUCAACAAAACAUUUUUUUGUACGAUGAUUUAAAUUAGUCUUUCCUUUUCCUUUAACAUGAAUCAUUUGCAUAAAAUAUUUACGAGAGGAUUCCUAGAAGAUUCUUAAAACAUUUUCAGAAUACAAUUUCUCAGACUUCAUUACUAUAGUUAUGUUGUAAAAACAUUAAUUAUUAUAAAAUAUAAAACAGAAUUAUAAAAACUGUUUAUUUGGUUUGAAGAAGACACGUUUCAAUCUAUGUUUUUAAAGUUCUAUUUUUAGCCUCUGUGUAAAAAAGACUAUGUAAAAAUAAAGUGAUAUGUCAAUGUUAAUAACCUUUCUCUAUAAAA